GCGGGCGGUGGUUCCCCCGCAUUCCUGCGGGGAGGGCGGGGGAGGCGCGGGAGCGCGCUGGCCGCCCUCCCGCGGGCGGAGCGGUGCUCGGCGCCUGCCCUCGCCCCCCGCGGGGUCCGCGGGCGCCCCCGGCUGCUCGGUGCCGGCCGGCAGCGGCCUCGCGGCCGCCCCGUUUGUGCGGCGGGGCGGAGGCGAGGCUGCCGCCGCGGCGUGGACCCGGGAAAGUGUUUUGGGAGGGAGCGGGGGGAUGGUGUCGCUGUGUGCUCUCUCCCGAGCAGCUCCGGCAUCCCGCGGGUCGGUUACCGGGGAACAGAGGUUGAAAAAGCCUUAAAAACUAACCAAACGUAAAGAAGUGGUGUUGCGGGCCAGCCGGUGGCCGAAGCCGGGCCCCGUGCACGUCCCCGCCGCGGCAGAGGCUGUGCUGCCCGCGGGCCGUGCUCCGUCUGCACGCAGGGACCCUGCGCGGCAGGGCAGCAUCGCAACUGGGGGGAGCUGCCUCCGGGCUGGCCUGCCGCUUCGCCCUCGCCCCGAAAAUCAGACCGUUUCCUUGUUGCGACAGGGUAGAUGAAGUGAGGAGGGUGCGUUUUCUUCUUCCAAGCUAAGAAACUUCCAGGGUGUUACUCAGUUCUGAAACUUGAUGACUUUAUGAUUAUCAAAUAUAACUUUAUUUAAGCAAAAAUACUUACUAUGGGAUACUUUAGUAAAGCCAGUCUUCUCACAGGGAACUGCAAGUUCAGUUCCACAGUUCAAGUGAUGUAAAUCUGGGCAGCUCACGCUCUGUAUAGCUGCAUAUUUCUGUUGCCUGCCUCCUGUCAGCAGAACUUUUUAUGUGGUCAAGCAGUGAGUGAGAUUAUGGAAGGAAAAAAAAUGCUAGUUUUCCUUUAGGUUAGUUUCAUGAUCCUGUUCACCUGUGGCUACCAGACUGCUAAUGCCAGGAAAAGAGGAGUGACAAGAAAUCUGUUACGAAAGCUGGAGGAGAAAUUAGGACCAGGCCUUUCUGGGCAAGCCUACCUCUAACUCUGCUUAGAUUCUACAGCAGUUUAAAGCAAUGUAAGUUUGAUGGUUUGGCAACUGUCCUCCCUUCCCAAUGCUUCACGCGGUCUGGCACCCCCCCUCCUUGCACUGCUUGUGCUCCUCAGAUCCCACAAAUGAGUUGAUCUGGCACGCUGACCUGCCUGAAAACUACCUAUGGGGCUUUGGGCAACCUGGUCUAGUGGAGGGCGUCCCUGCCCAUGGCAGGGGGGUUGGAACUAGAUGAUCUUUAAGGUCCCUUCCAACCCAAACCACUCUAUGAUUCUACCUAGUGUUUGGUCAGCCCAGCACUCUGACUUGGCUCAUCAUGUAAUUACAAAAGUGUUGGUGCUGGUGCAAAGGAGUUAUGGAGGAUGGCAGAAUGUCAGCAACUCUGACUUAAUUAUCUUAAAAUAUCAUGAAACAGCAUUCUGAGUUGCUAGGGGUGGAGUCAGCUGAAAUGUGAAACCCAGCUUUUGACUGGUGUAACUACUUCAGAGAAUGCUUUUUUCCCCCAUGCUUUUGCUUUAGUUCAGAUUAAUACAGAUUAUGACUUGAAAAAAUGUAAGGAUGCUUGUUCCUCGCUUCUAGUUCAUGAUUAAAAACUCAUUGUGAGAGUUUGAAAUCUACUAGUUCUAAACAAAAUGAUAACUGGAAUGAAAGAGUUAACUUUAACAAUUUUAGAUAAGAUUUCAUUGGUUUAAUAAAUCAGUUUUAAAUAGAAAAGUGGGGAAGAAUCAUAUAUGUGAUGUUUGUUUUACUAAAGAAAAUAUGCAAUUUAUGUAAAGAAAACUUUCGUUGGGUAAAAGAUGAUAAUCACAGUGAUUUGUAUUAGUAAAUAUUGAAAUUACUUUCAGGUGCAUCAUGCUCCUGGUUAGCAAAAGAACCACCAAGUUUAUUUCAAAAACUGUACUUUUUCCAAGCAUGUUCUAAAACAUAGUUUUAAAGUCAAAGAUACUGAUAUGGGAGAACCCCAACAAGGUGCAAGAACUUCUUACUUGCUGCAAUGAAAUGAACUGAGAUAUAAAUCUGCCCUGUAUUGCAAUGUGGAAAAGCUUUACAAACUGAGAAAGUUAUUUUCCAAAGGUUUUAAGUGCCGCAAAUAAUUCCUGUGUGUACAGUUUCAUGGGGGCAUACCUCCUUGCAAAAUCAGUGUCUGACACACCCCUGUAGCCCCCCCGCUACCAAAACCUUGCCAUGCGAACCCAAUACACCUAUAAACUGCUGUCAGACUGAGGCUCAGGAUGAACAUCAUCCUAUUGUAAGUUAUUGAAGUUUAUAUGCUGUUUGUGCAAACAGCAGGUGUAAAACUCAGGUGUGAGUCCCUUAGAACAGUCCCUGAAAGGCUUUUGUUUAAGGAAAAAAAACCUGUCCUGUUAAGAAAUGCUCCACUGAAUGCUCCUUUAAAUGUACGUUUCGAUUAUUCUCAAAUAUUAAAUCAUGUAACAUUCUCUUGUGUAAUUGAUACACACGUCUUGGUGAAUAUAUCAGUGGUUUUUAGUUUUUAUACUUCAGCUGUUUCUUUAGUGGAGACUGAGCAUGACAGCCACAUGGCCGUUCUGUGCCCACUUCUGAGUAUCUUGUGAUCGUGUAAUAUCCUAAAGGGUUUGUAACCUUAUAGAGUAAGUUGUGUUCAGAUAGCCUUCUAAUCCUUCUUGAAGUUUAACAUUUCAUGUGCAUUAAUAGUAACUCUCAGUAAUGGGUUGCUUCAGCUGGUUUCACUGAUGGCUUUAAAAUACAGUUUAACAAAGCAAAUGGAACUGCCAUCUGAAGGCAUUUGUGCAGUCAGCAGUGAUUUCUUCUUCUCUUGAGCCAGGAAGGGUUUUCUUUGCCUCUAGUUUAGUAUAUGACAUAAGGGCAGAAAGAGCUCAGUCAUACUCUGUGAUGGGGAAGUCAAGAUUUCUGGUAGUUUUCAGAAGCUUGUAAACAUGAAAACUGCAAGCUUUGAAUAAAGCUUCAGAAUACCGCACCUGGCAGAAUUUUGCAAUAGUGAUGACGCUUUUAAGUAGAAAAUCUUUAAUUAAAAAGGAAGUACCAUAUUGAAACUAGAAUUACAGGUUGAGGCAAGAUCCUCCAAUAAACGUAAUAAUUCAGGUGAGCUUGUUGGGUAAUCACUUUGGUAAGGAGUUGUUUGUUUCAAAGGCUACAGUAGCCUGAGGAAAAAGAUGACUAGGAACUAAAGGCUUGUAUCCUGAUACUUGAUAUAAAUAGCUGAAAAAACAUUUCAAGAAUUUAUUAGCUAAACUGUAAGGUUGGGUUUUAGCUGUGAAGAAAGAUUAACCUUGAAGGUAAAUUGUCCUCCUGUUUAUUCAUUCCAGUGAGAAAAGUAGUAACGAGUAGUCAGUACUGUCGUAUGUAAUAGCUAAAUGAACAAUAGAUCUGAACUUGAAAAAGAGAAAAUACUGAAGUGUCUACUUCCAGAAGAUACAAAGUCAGCCAAAAGCCAACAUAUAUAGUCAGCCUUUUUUCCUUUGCUAGUAUGGUUUAUGGAUGAGGGAGAAGGCUGUGGAAAAAAAUAAAAAAACCCACAGUAAAUAAAUGCAUAUUUGCUACCACUAUGUCAUUUAAUAGUACUAUAAUCUGCUGUCUGUAGAGUAUCCUUUCAAGUCAGUCUUUCUCUCGUAUGAGAAGUGAAUCUUCAGUUAAUUUUAUCAAUAUUGCCACUUCAAUUAAGCAGAUAAUGUUCAUAUUUUUAUUGAAGUCCAAAAAGAGUGCUAUCCUAAUGGCAAGUUUGUGAAGUAGAGCAGGAAUCAGUCUGUUGUCAGUUCCAUGAAUUCAGUGAGGUUAAUGAAUUUGACCCUAUUAAAGUGAAACAUUUUUUCCAUUAUUCUGUGGUUUAGCAUUUUUGUGCAGCCAGCCAUAUUACUGUUUUGUUAUGUGUGACACCGAUAGCAGACUGUAUCUGUCUCUUGCUCUCUGACUGUCCUGGCAAAGGGAGAGUAAAGUGGAUUAUAGUACAUAGAAAAGCGUAGGGAGUAUACCCGCAAGCUUGGACAGCGGAGGAGGGUGGUUGUAAUAGGUAGUUCGUUCUUUCCUUGCACUGUAUGCAGCUGUUUUGUCUGUGUCAGAACUUAACCAGCAGUUUCACCAGUAUUCUUCUUGGCUAUUCUCGUGCUUUGAGAAAUGGGUCUAGAGACUGUCUAAACAUUUCAAAAUGUGAGUAAAACUUUUAAAAGGAUGAAGCACUGCACAGUUUGAAGUUGAAACUCCAUUUAAAAGACAGCUGAAAUCUGUCAAGCAGUUGACUAACAAAUAUUAUUUUACGUAGAAAUGUUGUAAAUUAAUGAAACAUUAUCAAGAUUUUUCCAGUUAAAAAGUUUGUAGUGUGUCAGACAUUUAACAUUACAUCUGCUGUCUCCUAAUAAAACCAUUGCUUUUCUGACAAAAUACAUCAAUACAAAUUUGUGAUAUUGCUGCAAAUGUUGAGGAAAAGCUAUUCAGAAGAAUCAGAAAUUCUCAGUGCACUUGGGACUUGAAUUGAGCAUCUCUUUUCUUCCCAAAUUUUUACUUCUGUGAUUCUGAGCAGGAAAGAGCUAAAAAAUGCAUCCUUCCUGUUUUGCUGCACACUGUGCAUUAUGCUGUAGGAGACACACCAGUCUGUUGAUUCUUGCAGUUGAUUAGACUUUGGUUGUUAAUGCAAUACCGACAGGAAGGCAACAGCCGUGACUCAAGCUAGUCGACUGCAACCCUGACCAUUUGGACAUACUGCUAUAUUUGCUGUGAAGUUACGGUAGUAUAAAAGAUGCCACGUGGACUGAAAAGUAUACUUGAAAGCUGUGAAUACCAUUUAACAGUAAGCCCAGCAGCGUACUUAACAAAAGGACUAUUUUUUUUUUUAACCCACUGAUUAUUGGGGGAUUCAUUAAGGUUAAAACUUGACUUGUCCAAGUACAGGGCCUCAGUCUUCGUGAAUGCAACUUGUGCGUUGCUAUGUAUUUUGCUAACAAAUUUAAAAUUGUCCUUAAAUUCUGAAAAGAAAUAUUUUCAGGUCACAAUAUAGACAUCUUUGCUAUGUCUGCAAGACUAAAAUUUUUACUCUCCAGUGGUGUUAAAGCCAAAUUACUGUAUAAAGGUAAUUACAAAAUGUCUGGUUGUCUAAGGGAGAGAUACCUUGAAUUGCCAAACAGAUCUUUGAGAAUGCUUGUCUAUGAUAGCAGUGAUUUUUAAAACUUUGUAUUUCUUUGGUUUUAUAUUUUUUGACAGUGGUUGGUGGUAGUUGUUGUCCAACCCAGUAGUGUGAUAGAGGCGAAGGUGCUGCAGCUCCGUGUCCCUGGGUCCAGCCAGUACAAAGCUGAGCAUUUGUUCCCAAUGGGCACAUGUGCCCACAGUGCAUACAUACAUGGCUGGCCACAGGGAUCAACACAGAGAAAACAGCGCUUGCACAACCACAGGCAACACAAGCGGCCUGAUCCUGCCUGAUCAGGGUGAAAGGCUUUUAGUGAAAAAUAUAUUAAUGUAUACAGUGUGAAUCCCUCCAGUAACUGGCCUUAGACCCUCAGUCUAUCCAGGACUGACUCCUGAUCCUCUGGUCUCCCCUAUUGCUGUCCUGGGUGUGCAAACCCACAAGGCUUGCAGCCCCAAUUCGGUUGCUGGUACUCAAACCCUCUCAGACAUACACACACAUGCGCAGAUGCAUACGCUAUGGAUCCUUCCAGUUACUGGCCUUAGCCUUGUGGCAGCUGUCCAUGGGAUUGCCACGUGCAAAUAGGCCUUCUGGAUAACUGGUCCAGACCUAUGGCCUUAACAUUAGCCAACCCUCAAACCCCAGGGCCUCUCUGGUGGCUGGCUUGGACUUUCUGGUCCUUCCUGUAGCCAUCCCUUAGACCCUAGUCUUGAGUGAGGUUUUUUCAGUAGCUCAGACCCUCUCAUCUCUGCAGAGUCUGGCCCAGCCUUAUGGCCUGUCUGAUACUGGGCUCCCAAGCCUCUUCCUCUAUUUGCAGGCUAGUCUGGCUUGAUACUUGCUACUGAUCAUGUGUGCCAACACGCACGCCCACACACUACGUGCACACGCGUCUCUCCAGUUUCUGGCACUGCAAGCUCAUGGGCCCCUGUGAGCUGCGGCCACCUUUUCAUUUACUGGCACUUGGAACUCUGUGCAUGCACAUUGGAUGGAGUCCCCCUUCACCGAGGAAAACAGAAAUUGAGUUUAAUAAGGAGGCUGAUGAUCAGGCACACAACAUGGCCAGUCCUGCUGACUGGCAUCCUGUUUACAUGUGACUGGACCCUCUUAUCUUGUCUCCAUUUUUGCAUUCUCAUUCCUCCCCUGUCCGCCUUGAUCCCACAGUGAGCCUCACACCCCUGCAGGCAGUAACCCCUGUAGGCAGUUGGUGAGGUGAUCUGGAGAGCCUCUCCUGCUGUCUUCUCUGGAUCUUCUGGCUGGCCCAUGGGCUGACUGCUGUCCUGUAUUGGGGCUGGACCAGGGUGCUCUAUGUGCCUGGGUUGUAUUGCUGGGUUUCCUUCACCUGACAUUAUAUUCUGCUUUCUAUUUGUGGAGACUGGCCUUUAAUCAUGUAACCUAUAAUAGAUGUGAGCAAAAUAUCCCUCCCUAAUUCUGAAGGUGACUAUUCCUGUCUGACUAGUAACCUUGCUCAGGUAACAAUGACUGUGCCUGUUUGAGGAACAGAUACAAUACAUCUCCCUAGCUUUGUAAAGCACUUGUGGCACGCGCUUGUAGUCUAAGCUUUCCUCAAGUUUUAUUUCAAGUAAAAAAAAUGUCUUCACAAGUGGCAUUUUGAAUGAUCUUACUGUGAAUAACAAGAAGAGGGUGGUGUACAAUGAUUCCAGUCUCUUAAUCAGUUGUAUGCAAAAGCUUUAUGGAAUAUGGUAGCAUAUGGUCAGCUGAGAGACACUUCUGUUGGCAGGAAAAAGUCCUAGUCUAACAUUAGGUAAAUUACAUACAUAUGUAUCCUAGAAACAUUUUUGUUUCAAACAUGAAAUUUAUGAAUCAAAUCCAAGGGUGACAACCUUGUCACGCUAAAUGGGAUAUUGGAAAGGCUUAAUGUGUCAGAGAAAUGACUUAAGCAUUAAUUCAAGCUUGCCUCUUGCCUUGGUAGUCUGGAUAGGAUAGUAGUUCAAGGCAGCUAAGAAAAACACAGCUCUUGAUAGCUGGAAGAGAAAUCUCCUGUAAUAAUAAUAAGAUAAUAAUCUUCCAAACCAGAAAACUGUUUUUGAGAUAUAGUCUAUUAAUUUAUCCUAGAAAUAAUGAGAGGCAGUUAUUCAAAAAGUUACACAGUGGAGAUCGUAAAGAUUGUUCUUCAGAUAAGCGCAAGGUCCUAAUGUGCCUUGAGGUUUUUAAGAAACUUCAAAAGCCACAAAGAUUAAUGUAAGAAAGAAUCUGGCAGAGAGAACUUGUGGUUUUAUACCAUUUACUUUCCCCAGAGGAGUGCAGAUAUCCCAGUCACAAUCUACAUUAUCCUUUUUUGUACCUGGAUAUUUAUUUGUGCAGACCAUUCUUAAGUCAUGAGAUAGAAUUACUUGACUAAUCCUUACAAACACAUGUAUCUACAGGACAGGAGGAUUUCCUGCAAUCUCUACCAAAGAACUGCUCCACCCCCCUCAGCACUUAAUGAGGCUUUGUGAAACAAUGCGUUUAUCAGGUCAUUUUUCUCAAAUGUUGAGGAAAUAGGAAAUUAUACAGUUUGCCAUUUUUGAUGCUAACUUAAUCUAUUAAAUCUGGUAUUCGCAAAACAUUGGCCUUUACAGAUACCAGAUAACCUUACCAAGAUGAUGCUGAUUCAUUUCAAACUUGCAAAGCCAACUUCCAGCAGAGUUCUGAGCUGUAGUCCUUAAAUACCUUUUCAUCAUCAAGCUUUUGUGUGGGUUUUCUGCUUGCAUAUCUUUCAUUCACAGAUACCAGCUUUCAAAGGAGGAUAAACACUAUUGGGAUUGUGUCAGCCCAGCAGGAAGAGGGAGCAUAGGAAGUCACUCAAGAGUGUAAGAAUUUGUCUGUAUCUUUCUGGAAUUCCUAUUGGAUGCUGCCCUCUGAUGUUUGUGGAAUGAACUGCUUUUGGGAAGCUGCUUUUAGAUAUGAUUAUAUGAAAACACAUCCGUCUGAGAAAAUGCAUCUAGCAGUGGUUGCCUGUGGUGAGAGACUGGAGGAGACUGUUACUAUGUUGAGAUCAGCCAUUAUUUUCAGCAUCAGACCUCUCCAGUUUCAUAUUUUUGCUGAGGACCAACUGCAUGAGAGUUUCAAAAACAUACUUGAUGACUUCCCCUAUGAAGGAAAAGUUAAUUACACAUUAUAUCCAAUAACAUUUCCAAAUGAGAGUGCAGCAGAAUGGAAGAAAUUGUUUAAACCAUGUGCUUCACAAAGGCUGUUCUUGCCAUUAAUCCUCAAAAAUGUGGAUUCGCUACUGUAUGUUGAUACCGACAUCCUGUUUUUGAGACCUGUUGAUGAUAUUUGGUCUUUUCUGGGAAAGUUCAACUCCACACAAAUUGCUGCAAUGGCACCAGAGCAUGAAGAGCCUCGUAUCGGAUGGUAUAAUCGCUUUGCUAGACAUCCCUAUUAUGGAGUAACUGGAAUAAAUUCUGGAGUCAUGUUAAUGAAUAUGACACGUAUCAGAAGAAAGUACUUCAAGAAUGAUAUGACACCAGUCCGGUUACAGUGGGGAGAAAUUCUUAUGCCACUGCUGAAGAAGUACAAGUUGAACAUAACGUGGGGUGAUCAGGAUCUAUUGAACAUUAUGUUUUUUCACAAUCCAGAAAGUCUUUAUGUCUUUCCUUGCCAAUGGAAUUAUCGACCUGACCACUGCAUCUAUGGAAGCAAUUGUAAGGAAGCUGAAGAAGAAGGUAUAUUUAUUCUUCAUGGAAACAGAGGUGUUUACCACGAUGAUAAACAACCAACUUUUAGGGCUGUCUAUGAAGCAAUAAAAAAUUAUUCAUUUGGAGAUGACCUCUUUCAUUCCCUGUUGCAGCCCCUAGAACUGGAAUUACAGAAAACCAUGCAUACAUACUGUGGAAGAGUAUACAAAGUGUUUGUAAAGCAGCUAACAAAAAGCAUAAGAGACUUGUAUGCCAGAAGAUCAAAGGGAAGGUGAUUUUUACUCCAAGCUGCUAAAUCAAGAGACUGAAUUAACAUACUGGUCAAAACGUGCAAAAAAUCUAAUAUGGCUUGAAUCUGCUCUUAAUGUGCCCAGAUAAAAGUUUACUAGCAUACAUAAAAAUGAAGAAAAUAUUAAUGUAAUGAAGAACAGGAACUUUUUUCUGCAAAGGUGACUUUUUGUUCUUUUGAAGUUUAAUCACUGCUAAUGUUUAUCUUGGAUCCGAUGAUUUGGGUGUUACUGGCUUCUGUGGUUUAAUCAGCAUAAUUCAGUUAUCUAAUGAUCAAAUGAGCAAGGAAGAAAUGAAGAUGGCUCUAUUUGGGAUUGUACCUCAUAUGUUGUCUAAAAUUCUGUUAAACUGUGAAUGUAGCAAUAACUGAGUCAGCAGCACUAACCUCACUUUAAAGGUGUAAAGCCUUUAUGUAAACAAAGUUGUUUACAAGUGCAGAAAAUACUCUGUUUUCAAAGAAAUGUGAUAUAAUCAUUGACAAUCUGUAUGUGCCUUUAUAUGUUCAUCUCUUACAUGUUGAAGUACUGUUUUGACAAUCUGUUUUGCUUAUCUUAGAUGUAAACUGCACGCUAUAAAUACGAUUUUCUGAGAAAUGAAUAACUAGUAUGUGAUACUAGUUUUCUCUGUAGAUACAGAGAGUUUUUAAUGUACAGCAUUUGUUUCAACAUCGUUGAGCCAUCAUGGCCAAAAGAUAGAGCAGAGUUGAGGGGUUUUUAGCAAAAAUUCAGUUUGAAGUUGUCUGUUUUAUAAUACUUUUUAAAAAUUACAUGGUUUUGCAGCUUUAUAGGGCAUUUUGGAACUAAAAAAAAAAAAAGUGGAAAACUCUUACUGUUGUAUUUCCUUACUAAGAAUUAUUACCUGAUGAUUAUUAUAGAGUAUUUAGUACCUAAAGGUGAAGAGCUGUAAUGAGUUAUGACGCUUCAUCAGACUGUAUAUUAGAUGGGUUUCUUAGAGAAUAUAUCCUGUUACCAUAUUUUUUUAAUAACAUGGCUUUAAAGCAGUUUGGGGGCAGACCCUCAACUACAGGAAUGUGUUACUGUCAAUAGGGUGAUAGUGAUUUACAACAGGUAAGGAUUAGGCUUUCUUUAGUUAUCUUAGUGAAAAAAAAAACAAACAACAUUCUGUUUAUGUAAUACAAACUUUUUUCCAGAGAAAAACAUGAAGAAAAAGGCUGAGUUCUAGUGUUACAGUAAAAUGUUAUUUAAACUUGCAUGGUAUGAAAUAUAUUUGUAAAGUAUAUUUGACCUUGGCUAACCUGUCUUAACUGAGAUGAAGUCUUCAUUAAGUGAGUUUUUGGAUUCCAGAAAAGUUCCUGUGUGUUGGACAUGGGGGAUCCGCUCACUGAUUUGCACCUUCAUCCCAACCCCAUUUUAGAAGCUUCAUUUUUGUGGCUGUUUCUUUGUGCAGGGCAGGCUGGCUCUGACUCCUGGAUCCAUGUGAGCUGGAUGAAUGCUUUAGCAGUAGAAAAACACACUCCAUUGUAAGCAGAGUUUAUAUUCUGCUCCUAAUCUCCCUGCUGGCUCAGGGUGUAAAUUUCUGGGAUGGAAACUAGGAACCAGUCUGCCUCGCAUGUAGUUACAGUCUCUUUUUCUAGCUGUGUAACCUUUUGAAGUCCGAAAAUCUGGAAAUCUGUGUGAAGGUGAAAACUGUUAUGGACUGAUUUUACAAUAUGCAAUGCAUUAUUUUUUUACAUAAAUACU